AUGGAGACGAGUACAUUGUCUGUAACUUUCGCUUUUGUGUGCGUUUUCUUUGUCUUUUGCAAAGCCGAAACAGGAAAGCCGUAUUACGUCAAGAAGAGUUCGUUAUGCUCUAUUGAUCAAAACGAGGUCUGUACGUCUAAAAACUACGACUUUUACGCCAUCGUGAUAGAAGUUGUCGCGGAUAUCAAAGAAGAUAAAUUGUCCAAAAAGGGGAAAGAUACCGUAAAGGAUUCGGGCAUUUGUGCAAAUGCCUUGAAGGAGGCGAUUUGUUCAAAUCCCAGCCGAAAUUGCUACGAAGGAAACGAUGAAUCCCGCGCUAAAGAGGUCUGUGGCAAACUACGUCGAAAUUGUCCGCUUUUGUUGGAAGACAGCUUUGACGAAUAUGAAGAAGGUUGUGUAGAAUACUUGCACAAAAGCGUAUUCACGGACUUAACGUGUGUCGCCAAUGACCCGGACGAAAGGUUCAAGGGAUAUUGUCCGAAGCCUUCGGGCAAGAUGCCUGCCGCGUACUGGAAAGCAUAUAUAGCAAAGUCCGAGGAACUGGAGGAGCCGAUGAAAUAUGUGGAAUAUGCGAACAAGUUCACCAGUAAUACACUGGUGUCAAAUGAUUGCAUGCGGAAGAUUAAAGAUACCGUAUGUGUGCCUCUUUAUUGCACAGAAGAUGAGAAAAGUAUCAUUGUCCCGAAUUUGGAGGACAAAUGCGAUGAAGUUUUGGAAUGUAUAAACAAAAUCCCCGACAAGUAUUCAAAGCUUUCAACUCUGCUGGAACCGAUCAAAAGGCGUUUAAAGAAAGGAUGCACUAAGAUUGUUGAAUUUGUCAAAACAGGGAAAGUUAGUGGCAAUGCUGCUCAAGCUACACUAAACGUUAGCAUUGGAUUAAACGCUCUGGUCAUAAUCACAAUCAUCGCUCCUUACCUUUACUGAUUCAACGAUGUGAACACAGAAAUUUAUAAUCUAAUCUUGUCAAAAACAAUCAUGUUAGACUGAUCCAUUCACUUGUCCAAAAGCUUUAAAGCACUGUUCAAAUACACUGUGUAGAGGGAUAAGUGGUAAUAUAUGAAAUAUGGCCAUGAAACCUCGACAAAAGAGUAAAGCCUU